AUGCAUGAAACUCACAUUGGCAACUUGAAGAGGCAGCUGUGUGUUCUGGGAAGCCACAGAGCCAAGCUGGAAACAGAACUGAGCACCGUACAGGUGAACAAAGCUAAGCCGGAAGCCAGGGUGGAGUCCCUCAGCCAAGAGAUCAACUGCCUGAGGAGCCCAUAUAAGGAAAUCGCUCAGCUCCAAGCAUCCAUUUCGGACACCUCCGUUACUGUGCAAAUGGACCACAGCUGAAGCCUGGACACAGAUGACAUCAUUGCUGAUGUCAAAGCUCAAUGUGACACUGCCAGAAGAAGACGGGUUGCUGUGGAGUCCUGGUACUACAGCCCGUGUGAGGAACUGAGAGAAACCACUGGCAAACACGACGACAGCUUGUGUAACACAAAGAAUGAAAUUGUGGAGCUGAAUCGAGUGAUUCAGAGACUGACUGGAGAAUGUGAAAACACCAAAGCCUAGAGAUGCAAACUGGAAGAAGCCAUUGCUGAAGCUGAGGAGCACAGGGAAGUGGUUGUCAAGGAUGCAAAGUGCCGACUCUCUGAGCUGGAGAUACCCCUGCAGAAGGUGGAGCAGGACAUGGCCUGUGAGCACCAGGAGCUCAUGAAUGUCAAGUUGGCCCUGGACAUCAAGAUCGUGACCUACAGAAAGCUGCUGGAGGGUGAGAAGAGCAGCUACUCUUCCAGCAGCAACCGUAUUCAGAAGCAGAGGUCUGGUGACCGCAGGAGGUGUCAGUGGCAGAAGCAGCUUCACCGGCUCUGGAGACAUCAGUGCUGCGUGUACCACCACGGGACGAUACAGCGCUCUGAGCGGGAAGAACUCCAAUGUUGA